AUGAAAAAAUUAGUGGAUAGCAGACUAAAGUUACUGCUGGAAGAGUGUAGAGAAAAGAGAGUUAGGUGUAUGUUUGUGAUAGUUGGAGAUAAUAGCAGAUACCAAAUUUGUAAUCUGUAUUAUAUAUUGAGUAAUAUUCACUCAAAGAAACCUUCAAUUUUGUGGUGUUACAAGAAGGAAUUGGGAUUUAGCAGCCAUAGAAAGGUAAGACAGAAGCAGAGAAAUAAGAAGGCUAAGCAGGGAAAAUUGGAUGAGCAGUUAGAGGAUCCAUUUGAGCUUUUUGUUACAAAUGCAGAAAUUAGAUAUUGUUAUUAUAAAGACAGUCACAGCAUUCUGGGUAGAACUUUUGGUAUGUGCAUUCUUCAGGAUUUUGAGGCAAUAACUCCCAAUAUCUUGUGUAGAACAAUUGAGACAGUUUCUGGAGGAGGUGUGAUUUGUAUUACCCUUCAGACAAUGUCAUCUUUGAGAAAUUUAUAUGAAACUGUAAUGGACUUUCAUGGAAAGCUAAAGUGUAAUGAAGAUUUAUAUUCUGGAAGUAUUAUUUCACGAUUUAUUCCCAGAUUUAUUCUUUCAUUAUCUUCUUGUGGUAAUUGCGUAGUAGUUGAUGAUGAAUUAAAUAUACUUCCAAUAUCUAGCCAUAUUUUGGAGAUGAAGACAUUUAAAAAGAAAGAAGAGGAUUAUAUUGGAAGAAAAGGUAGUGAAAAUUCAAACUCCAUACGCAAUCAUGCAUUAUUAUACAAAAAAACUCCUGAGCAUCUUCAGUUAGAGGAAAAUGUAAAGGAUACUGAGAUUGGAAAGGUUAUUUCUAACUGUAUUACCUUUGACCAGGCUCAAACAGUCCUUAGGAUGACUGAAGUUAUUAUUCAGAAGAACAUGAAUGCAAUAAUUUCUUUAACGGCUGGAAGAGGAAGGGGUAAAUCUGCAGCAUUAGGACUUUCCCUUGCAUGCGCUGUAACACAGGGAUAUAGUAACAUAUUUAUUACAGCUCCUUCAGCUGAAAAUGUAUUAACAGUUUUUGAAUUUAUUGAGAUUGGACUUCAAAGUCUUGGAUAUCUUGAACACAAACAUUUUGAAUUAGUUAGAUCUAAAACAAUAGAUUCUAGAGUUGGGGGGGAUUUUUCUCAUUCAGUUUCCAGGCUUAUUAGAGUUAACAUAUUUAAAGAGCAUAGACAAACUAUCCAGUAUAUUAAGCCUGAAGAUUUUCACUUAGUUUCUCAAGCCGAAAUAGUAGUAAUGGAUGAAGCUGCUGCUAUACCACUCCCAAUUGUUAAAAAGUUUCUUGGGAAUCAUUUAUUCAUAUUUUCAUCAACUAUUAAUGGAUAUGAAGGUACUGGAAGAGCUCUUUCUCUUAAACUGAUUAAUGAUCUUAAAAAGAAAUCAUCAAACAAUAAUUGUAAUUUAUCCAACAGUAGUAGCACAACCAAUCAGUCUUGUUUCUCUGGUAAUUUUUUCUCAGAGCUUAGUUUGGAAGAACCUAUAAGAUAUGGAAGAAACGAUCCCAUUGAGUCUUGGCUACACACCCUACUUUGUUUGGACUCUACAAAUCCUCCUCAACUGGUUGGAGAGGAAAUUUCCGGAGAUAUUGGAUCUCCUUCUAAAUCACUUUCAAAGACUUUGGCACCUCCGUCUUUAUGUACACUAUAUCAUGUUGAUAGAGAUGCCUUGUUUUCUUACCAUUCAGCCAGUGAAAAGUUUCUUCAUAAUUUAAUGUCAUUGUUUGUUUCUUCACAUUAUAAGAAUACUCCAAAUGACUUGAUGCUUCUUUCUGAUGCCCCCACGCAUAGAAUAUUCGUGCUACUACCUCCAUUUGAUCCAAAUACUAAAAGCAUACCACCAAUAUUAGUCGCAAUUCAAGUAGCUGUUGAAGGAUCGAUUACCUCUGAGCAUAUUAAAGCCUCUCUUUCUAGAGGAUUAAAACCUUCUGGCGAUCUUAUUCCUUGGACAUUAUGCAAUCAUCUUGCUAGAGAUGAUUUUGGAAAGUUAACUGGAAUUAGAAUUGUAAGGAUAGCUACCCAUCCUUCAGCUCAAAGAAUGGGAUAUGGUACUUAUGCCAUUAAACAACUCAUUACCAAACUAGAGAACCUUCGUGAAAACAACCAAAAUUCAUAUUCGGAUCCCACUCAAUAUAUUCAAAUGGGAGAUUUGCCAAAAUCCCAGGUAAAGAUUAGAAAGGAAAUAAUUCCUUCUAUUAGAAGCGAAUCUGGUUCUUCGGAUCUUAGGAGUGAGAUUUUGGAAAGAGAAAAGGAAAUUCCUCCUUUGUUAGAGCCAGUUGAAGAUAUCCAAUAUAUUUUAAAAGAAAAUGAACGAAUUGACUAUAUAGGAACUGCCUUUGGAAUCACCUCCGAGCUUCUUAAGUUCUGGUCAAAGUUGGGAUUUUUACCAGUAUAUAUCAGACAACAAGUUAGUGAGGUAACCGGAGAACACUCUGUUAUUUUGCUUAAGUCAAUUGGGGAUUGUUGGCUAUCUCCAUUAGUCCAGGAUUUCUCAUCAAGAACUAUUCAAUAUGUCUCAUCUCCUCAGUUUAAACAGAUGCCUGUGGUCCUUGCACUUUCUCUGAGUAUGUCUUAUAAAAAUCUCAUUAAUAAGCAUAAUUCGGUCCCUUCUGAAUCGCAUUCUUCUCGAGAUAUUUGCCAACUUAAACCUCUUUUAAAUGAAAGUAAUCUCCAUUGCUUUUUAACAGAUAAUGAUUGUACCCGUCUUACACGAUAUGCCAGACAAAUGGCUGAUUACUCAUCCAUUUCUGACUUAAUACCAACAAUAAGCCAGCUUUAUUUUGAAAAUAGGCUUCCAAAUAUCUCCAUUUCUUUCCUCCAAUCUGCAGUUUUGUUUGGACUUGGAUCUCAAAGAAAAAGUAUUGAUGAGAUUUCUUUGGAACUAUCCACUCCUUCUACUCAGCUCCUUGCACUGUUUAAUAAAGCCAUCUACAAGAUUAAUUCUCACAUUCUUAACUUAUAUUUGGCAGUUAAUAGUAAAGAAGAUGGUGAAAGCGAAAGUACUUCUUGUAGUAGCAGUCAACAGACUAAAUCAGAAUUAGAUCUUGGUUUUUCUCUGGGCCAUUCUAAGAAGAAUGAGAUUAGGGACAGUAUCAAGACUUCGAAUUGUAAAAAAAGUUUGGAGUCCAAUAGUAAUAAGAAUAAGAAGAGAAAACAUGACUCCAACCCUUCUGCUUAA